AUGGAGUCUAACCGCCACCAUCCACUGAGGAAGAAUCGCUGUUACGAUUUCCGCCUGACGCCAGAGGAGAAGGAGAAGCUGGCAGCAAAUGGAGUGGUCGCCUCGCAACGAAUGGAAGCCGAGAGUUUUGGGGGCGUCUACCACCGACUGUACAGUGACGUCUUGCCUGUCUUCGUGACAGCGGACUCCAUUCUCCACGCGUGGCACCGCAGUUUUGACGCAUUUCUGAUUAGGUUGGAGACGACGCACCUUUUACCGACACUUGAAGACAUUUUGAGCUCAAGUCUGACGGAGUGCGAGGCGAUGUUGUCAGAUGAGAAAGAAGAGAACUCGAUGGUGUCGACAGCGGUGGGAAAUGUGGUUGAAUAUCUUACUAUUGGGCUAAGCUUACUGCGAGGAACUCUCCAAAAGAAGACCCCAAGGCUUGAAGCACUCUGGGCGGCUAUCCAUGCUGAAGUGACAUCCACCACAGAGAUGCUUGGUUCCCAGCGCACUAUUGACUUCUCACUCUUUAAACGUCGCGGACACUACACCAAGUCUAAAAGCUCAAGUGCUACUUCCGUGCGAUGA